AUGUUCACCGAUUUUGUCAUCCUCAGAAUUACUAUUGGUUGUUUGGCGGCUGUCUUUGGGAUACCUGGUAACCUGGUAGUUGUAGGCGUCUUUACGCGUCAGGGUAUCAAAAAUGCCACAGAUGUCACCUUCAUCGCCCUUGCCGUCGUCGACCUCAUCGCCAGUAUCAUCAGCGGGAUGAAGAUCGUCAUGGUGUUUUACCACGAUGAGCAUCCAUGGGCGUGUUUCAUCGAAGUCGUUGGAGCGAGAUCUGCCCUUUAUGCCGGACUGUUUCUCACAAUCUGGAUUGCCGUGUAUAGGUACCAAGCAGUUUGUAGGCCAUUCAAUAAGCGAAUUGGAAGGAAAACUGCUUCCUUGAUCGCCAUCGGGUGUGCCGUAGUCGCUUUCGUGCUCCAUAUCCCAUUCUUUUUCAUCACAACCUCAGUCAAACUCGACAGUGGGUACGGAUGCAAUAUCUACGGCAACAUUCCCUGGGGCCAGGAUGUGUACGCCAAAACUCAGGCCAUUGUAUUUUGUGCUUCUGCAUUGGCCAUUUCAGUCUUGUACGUUCGGAUCUACAAGUUCAUACGUGAUCAUCAGAUAAUUCGUCAGCAAUUGACGACCGGAUCUGCCUUCGUUGAUCGAGAUCUAGCUAAAACUGUGAAUGACAAGACACUGCCAACACCACCAGCGAUUCCCAGCGUAUCAGCUUCUUGUGCAACUGUCGCAAGUACAUCAGAACCUGAUGAUACCACGAAGUCAAUCAAAGACACUGGAAAAGCUCCACAUCAACCUCCCAAUUAUGAUAAAACGAAACCAUCAUCGAGCAAGCUUCAGAACACCCAAUCCGACCAUAGGACCACUAAGGCCGUCAUCAUCAUCACUGUCAUAUUCUUCAUCUUCUGGCUACCUAAUAUCAUCAUCGAUCAGGUUCCUUUUAGUCAGCUCAUCCGAGUGAAAGGAGUCAUCAUCUACACCUUCUAUCAAAUCAAAUAUAUCAGCCACAUCACCAAUGUGUUUGUAUAUUCAUUCACCUACCGGCGAUUUAGACAGACAUGCUGCAAUAUCUGUCACAGUCAGUAG